GAGGCGUGGGAGUGUUUAGGGACGCCAGCGUCAAACAUUUAUAUUUCGCCGGGCAAAUGGCUUUAGGUAGUGGGUGAGGGAGCUACUCGAUCCACACACUGUGGAUGGAUUACUUACCGAGAACGAGCCAAAGUAGGUUCAACACAACAGUGGUGACACAUUAUCAAAAUAAUUACGUAACCAAAAUCCUGGGAUUUUACCUCAAGACUGAAGACAUAAUCACAGUGGCAGAUGGAUCAAAAUAAAGAAGCCCACUUCUACACAGCAGUGAUUUGACAGCACUGGAUCCGAUCUCACCCGGUAAAUAUUGUAUAAUUUCUUUCUUAAAUCCGAUCCUCCCACAGAAAAAGAAAAAGUCAACAAUAAAAAAAGAAAUCACUGCACAUUUAACAGCAGUCUGUCACAGUAACCCACUUCACGACUGCCGCACCACUGUGAGCAUUCAAGUUGCAUUUUCUCCUCUCACCCUAACUUGAUUGUACCGGAGAAAUGAUUUCAGUAGACGUCACUCAUCUGCAUAGGGAGUAAAAUGCAACCAUCCUGCAAGGCUUUUUGCACCCUGAAACGCUCUGUAUCCUCGCCGGGUGACAAAGGGACACACUGACUGCUGCAUAACCGAAACUACAAACAUGGGAGGUACGGUUUGCAUGUAGUGUCAUGCUUAAAAUAUAUAUUUAUAUCCACAGAUAGGAGACACAUCUGGGUUGCAAACUGUCCAAGAUGGAUGCAGCGCCGCUGUGCGCAAGGAUGCACGGCGGAGCAGGAGCAGCAGGGUGUCUCUAAAUCUGUUUUUCAAAAUGCUCUCAUAAAUGCGUCCUUACUCUCGGUUUGAUUUCUCCACCCUUGCAGGAGUAGGAUGUUACUAGCAUCCGCUGUAGUGGUAUGGGAAUGGCUGAACGAGCACGGACGCUGGCGGCCCUACAGCCCGGCUGUCUGUCAUCACAUCGAGGCAGUCAUCCGGAGCGACCCGCGCUGUGGUAGUGUCGUCCUCGGCCAGGUGGACUCGCGCCUCUCGCCCUACAUCAUUGAUUUGCAUUCCAUGCACCAGUUUCGACAAGACACAGGUGAGGAGCAGGGAGGAGAGGAGGACACAGGGUGGGGGGUGUAAUGGUGUAGCCGGGCCUGAGGUGGAGGCCUUUUUUUUACUGCUCUUGUGUAUAUUCUGUCUUUACCAGCUUAAUGUGGAUUCAGGAUCACAGGUGUAUCAGUGAAGCAGUGUCUUACAUGCUCCUUUUGUGUAUCAUAAAUGAAUUUCCUGCAUUAGGGUUACAUUAAGGUGAAAAGCACCACAAGGGAUGCUUUAUUUGAGGAGGUUUUAGUGCAAGAGUGAGUCAUUUUAGUAGGACCUGUGUGUGUUUGCAUGUUGCACCAAGGCUACAGGAGCAGCUGAAGUGUCAGUCAGACCAUUAAAGAAUUUACACUUGAGUCUAUGUUUAGGAAUUAGUUAAAGGAGGAAAAUACACAACUAUACAGUGCGAGCUGAAAUGUCAAAAUGUCUGAAAUCUUCCAUUGUCAAUUCGUAACCCCCUUCAGAGUCAGUAUCCAGGAGAAACAGAGGUGACGAAUGAAAUAAAAAGCCACCUUUCAUAAUGCUGAGCUCUGUGUGUACGUAGCGAAUGAUAAAACAGCGAAUAAUCAACAUUCAUUCUUCAACUUUGGCAGAGUCCCACACGUUCCUCCCCUCUGUCAACAUUGGCUGACAAAAGCCUUUGUGCUGUUUGUUUUCUAACCAGCAAAAGCUCAACUUGUGGGGCUGGGGGUUGGCAGACAGGGUACUCCAGUCUAAAUAGGUGACAGGGAGGAGGAGGAGGAGGAGGAGGAGGAGACAGAGAGGGGAUGAAGGGUGGCGGGGAAUGUCAGGAGUCUGAGGUCAAUGGGAGCAAAGUUUAUGCAUGACUAUCCAUGAUUCCGUUUUGUUAAAGCGCAUCAAAGCUGAACAUCAGAUUUUGAUAUGAUCUAUUUUACACCUUUUCUUUGAGACUGUAAACUUUAAGGUUUUAUUUGUGGCUUAACUGUAAAAACUAACAUUAAAGUGCUUUUAAGACUCUGACAAAGCUGUUGUAUAAUCCUGGGAUAAAAAGCUUCAUUUGUUCAGGAAUUUUCGCUCCACUUCUUUGUUUUUCGAUGACGAUUCGAAAUUUUGGAGGCUUUACAGUUUGAAGACUCUGCAGAGUUUCUCUGGACACCCUGGGAAAGCAAACACAGCCAACUUUUGGGUCGGAUCGAGAAUGCCAGCCAAUCGGAAUUCAGAACACCAUGUGCUGUUACCAGGGGCAACCUGUUUGCCUAAAUUCUUUUCAAGCAAACACAGACAUGUUGAAUUUGUAAGGGUUUUUAUGUUCUUGGACACAAAAAAAGGCACUGCAGUCUUGAUGCAACUUACUGUCACCACCCAGAGUCAUGGUGGUCCUUCAAGUUGAAGAGCUCGGACUUGAUUCUUACUGCAAAGGUCGUUCUCCAGCUGAUAAAGGAAAUAGUCUAGUGGUUCGGUUUCUAAUAGUCGCUGCACCUUGAGAAGUCUUAAACUGUGGAUGAUUUAUCUACAUAUUCCUUUUCCAGGUACCCUUCGACCGGUACGACGCAGCUUCUACGACCCCACCUCAGCGCCGGGCCAGGGCUGGUUGUGGGAGUGGGAGAACGACACAGGCAGCUGGACAGCUUACGACACAGACGUCAGCAUCGCCAUCCAGGCGGCCCGUGAUCGUCAGCAGCCCUGGCUGGACCUGGCGCCACUGGGAUUCUGCUACCUCAUUGACUUCGAAAGCAUGACCCAAAUCAACGGGCAGACGCAGCGCUGCAGGCGCAUCCAGCGCCGCUCUGAUCUGGCCUACCCGCUCGUGUCAGGGCCACUGCCGAGAUCGCACCACGCCUGGGGCCCCAUGUCCGUGCCCAGCCACGGAGGACUGCUUGGGGUGGAUGUUUCUGGUGUGGGUAUGGGGAUCAGAAUGGGCAGCGGCGGGACUGGAAACGGGAGCGCAUACCCAAGUGGGGCACUUCCUGCUUCAGCCAUCACCUCUCUUGGACAACCAUGCGCCUGUCAGCAGUGUAUGUUGGUGCUAAGCGUCAAAGCAGGCGCAAUGGCAACUGCUCACACUUUAGGGCGGAGGCCACCACAGACAAAGCCACCUAGUCCCAAAAUCAGCAGCCACCCAAUCCCCGGAGGGUCGUACUCAUUGACACUCCCUCGGCCUCCGUCCUUAACUCGCUCCCUCUCUCCCCACCGGACGUCCAUAGUUGGGGCAACAAGUGGCUACAGUAUGGGUGGGAUGGGUGGUCCGGGGGGUUUAGGUGUUGUUGGUGGUGGUGGCAUUAGCAGCUCCAGCUAUGGCUUCGGAGGAGGCUUCCCCCACUCUCUCUCCCUUCUUAACUCAGCCACAGCAGCCCUCUCCAUCUCCUCCACCCGCCCCCCUCCACCGCCUCUCCCCCCACCUCCACCGCCUCCUCCUCCACCUUCCACCACCCUCUCUUCCUCCUCCUCAGCCACCAUCUCUACCCCUCAUCCCCCUCCAGCCCCAUCCUCCCUAUCUGCCUCUUGCUCCGCCCCUACAGCGCCAGUGCCCACUCCGGGUCCACCUCCUCCUCUUAUCUCCACGGCUGCCUCCACCUGCACGCCCUCGCCUUCUGCACGCGUGUUGGGUCCAGUGUCUUCAUCAGGUGCUGCUGCCUGUGCGGCCCCUCUUCCACCUCGGUCCAGCUUGGCGGGACUGAGCCGACCUGCGCUGCAGCGGAUCGCCAUGGCUCAGUCCCGUGCCCUUAUCGCCUCUGGGUGAGUAUACUGUCAAGUCAUUUACUGGCAACAUAAUACAGCCGUUAUUGACACAUUUGACGUCUGGUAAAACACAGGACCAACAGGCUGACGGUUGAAAAGUUGGAUCAUUUUCUUGCCAUUUUUCGAGGAGAUUGGCGGCUGCUUCUUAAAAUGUUAAGCACAAGAAUUUGAGUCCAUAUGACAGAAACCAAUCAAAAGAGAGGAGAAGAUAAUACGCCACGCUAAAGACAUAUUGCGAUUUAGUGUAGCACUUCAUGUAAACCUUUUUUUCCUCCAAUUACAUCUUUUAAAAUCAUACUGCAUAUUUAUCCAAAGGUAAUAAACAGAACCAGACACGUAUCAAAAUCAUCUACACAAGAAUUUCAGAUUUGAGCCCCUCUUACACAGUGCGUGACAUCAGCCCUCAUUUACAUUCACAAGCCUUUAAUCUGUGUAACAAAGUCCAUCAGGGUCAUUCAUCUUCACUGAAUACAAUGAAGGGCAUUCAUGCCAAACAAGGCCCAGUUUUCACACGUGUUUCACAUUCCACAUAUUUGUCAUGCAACUGCUUAAUGACGGAUUGCUCUGCACACACACACACAUGCACAUGCACCCACACAUAGAUGCACACAAAGCAUGUAUAUCAUUGUCACGCAUGUGAACGCAGCCUUAAGGAAUCAGAGAAGCUUGAAAAUUCUUCCUGAAGGAAUCAGUGUGGACCAGGGGGCUUGGUGUUGGAUGACAUCCUUGAUUUGAGGCUUGCAUUUGUACAUCCUAUUUUUGUUUGUGUUUGUUUUCCAUGAAAUUUUGAGUUCCUGCACAUGAUGGACAAAAUUACGGACACACUUUUGGGUCUUUAUCCUUGUCGUGGAGUGGUAAACGGAAACAUGUCUGACACAGCUACUACAAUUUGUAUCUGAAUAUAUUUUUAAAGCUCAAUUUGUGUCAACAUUGGCAUGCUGAUAUCAAAAUCCUAGUAUGUCUUUACCUACUGCUUUCUCCGGUGUUGGCGUUCAACAUUGUAAGCAUCACUGGGUGUUUACAAAUGAAGGAAGAAACAGUACCCAUGUAAUGCAGCCAGAGGGCGCUGGUUAGCCAGCUGUCUGUGGUCAGUGUUUUGAUUUAAUUAGGUUUCUGUUGUGUCUUUCUGUCUGAAUCUGAAUGUGUCUCGGCUGCCCUUGGUUUCUUUAUCUUUAAAUUCUCGUCCACUCUGAAACAUUUCAACCAUUUUGAUUUGCUUUAUCAGUUUUUGGCAGUGCUUAAGGACUUGUUUGGGUGCAAUCUGAUUAAACAGGCCAGCAGUUUUCACUAACUUUAUGAAUCCUUGCAUUUGCAAAACUGUGAUAUUGACAGAUUAACAGUCAAUAUCACAGAUUUUAUAGCGCUCUGGUAAUCUCUGUUUUGUGUCAGGGGUGCUGACCCAUUCUUGUGCUAAAUCAGGUGAGAGCACCUGCUGCAGAAGAAGAUACGUCAGAGAUAAAUAGUCCCUCUGAUCACGUGAGGCUGGGUUUCCCUUCUCCGCGUGCCCCCCCCACCUCUUCUUUACUUGUACUUAGCUCAAUCUGCACUUAGCGCUCCUGCUGUCACCAUCCUACUGCUUUAUCCUGAAAUUCAUAGCUAGCACGUCACGCUGCUACAGUUUAGUGAAACAUCUGUUUAAGCGUAUUAACCCCAGAGCUAAAACAUUUUAAUCCACUGAUACAUGUAGGUAAUUAGGUUCACCCUAAUAAAGUCAAUUAGAAAAGGGAAAAAGUGAAGCUUUAAAGCACUUAAAACCAUUAAAAUCAUAAUAAAACCCACUUACUAUAAUAACUUAGGCUAUGUUCACACUGCAGGUCAAUUCCAAUUUUUUAACCAUAUGUGACACAUAUCUUUUUUUAUGUAAGUGUGAACAGUGCAAGUCUGAUUUUUUCAAAUCCGACCCAGGCCUCUUUUGUACGUGGAUGUAAAUCGGAUAUGUACGAGAUACGAGUGAACGGACAACAGCUAGCCAACAUGCUAUGUGCGCAUGCGGGUCACUUCACGGACGCAUUCCGUUCACAUUAGAUGCCACAUUCGUUGUUGUAAUGUAAACAACCGCACAAAAAGAUCGUAUUUAACAAAAAAUCUGAAUUGUGCAUCAUAACCUGCAGUGUGAACGUAGCCUUAGCUAUAGAACCCUGAGUUUAGCUGCUAGCGGCAAAAUGGCCCACUGUGUUCACCUGUGGAUUGGUAACAGGGUUCGUCCCUUUUGUGACACUGAGCAUGUUUUAUUUUAAAGGAAAAAGCAGAUAUAAGUUGGAUUACUUAUUUUUUUCAAACAUGUACAUCACCAGUUUUUUUGCACAAUGCUAGUUCUGGUUUUACAGUAGAGCUAGCGAGACAAAUAGGUUUACAGUUUACCUGUAAGUUAUUUUCAUUGGGUUGUCAAUAAUUGGUGUACAUUGGUUUAUAAACCCCUCUGAGACCAUUAUUUGUUACUAAUUUAUUUUAGAUUAGACUUGGCUGGAAACUACCUACUAAACUUUUAAACUAUCAUUAAGUUAGCAUGACUGUAGUUUACAAAAAUAUACCGCAAACUUUAGGUAAUAAUAUAAACAGUUGCUCCAAUAUAAAAAAUUUAAUUGUGUACUAUAACUUUAAAAUCAGUCUGUUGUGAAUUUGCGAGGUGAUUUUGUUCCUCCUUAUGUUGACAGAGGUAUCUUUGAUAAAUAGUGAUAUCGAUUGAAGACUAGUUCCUGGUGUUGUUGUUGUUGUGUGAUUGUUGAGUGAAUUUUCCUUCAGUGAAAUGGUGCAGAUGGUAUCUCAAUCAAGUGUCAUAGAUCACCCCCGUGACGAAAGUUGCUACUGGUGCACACACCUUUCGUGGACCUGUAGUAAUUGGCUGCAGCAGGUUAAAUAUCUCCAAGUGUGUCAUUGCCACAUUUUCUACUUUUCAUUUUGACUCUUAUAUUUAGGAUUUGUCUGUUUACGAGUCUUAAUUUAAGUUGGGACUUUGAAUCGAAUAAAUCUAAGUGUAAUGCCUGUGUGUUGACAUAUGCUCCAGCUCAGCAUCGCCUGGCAGUCCAGAUGGAGGAAGCUCUAAUGCCACAAGAUUAGCCGGGAUCACAGAAACGUGACUUGCCGACACACACCUCUCCUCUCCUAGCUUCCCCACCUUUCUCUGCCUUUCCUCCUUCUUUGGUUAAUCAGUUUUCUCAUAUCAAUUACGGUGAACUUCCCCUCACUGAGGUUUGAAUCACUCAACUGACACGUUUAGCGCCUUGGUGAAUGAGGACAGUUACGCACGGCUCGGCCAGUUUGUUGGUAAACAAGCCGAUAUAGUAACACAGUACAGUGUGAGCAGAUUGAGCUGUACGGGAAUUGAUUGUUACCCUUACGUUUUAUACCAGGAUGUCAAGGCUAUAGGACAACUUAAAUGACUUGUUGCCCCACAAAGAGGGUCAGUAGGAUCACAAUGUUCAGGAACAGGUGUCUAAAGGUGCAUAGUUUGAAUUUUUAUCAUAUAGAUUAUAUUCUCCAAAAAUGACAUUGUUGUUGUUGCAGAUUAUUCAUCAGUAAUUCUUCACUCUUAUGAUUCCCAGAAGUAAUGUAUCAGGGGAGUUUAACAAGUAUAUAACAUGGAGAAAUGUGUUUCUCUCCUGUGAGGAUUUUUUUUAUGUUUAUGAAAUUGAAUGAAAUUCAUAUUGAUGUCUUUUAACGAUAUACAAAAGCCAACAACACCACUGGUGACAAGACUGGUGAUUUUUAUAUUGUAAUUUUUACUGCUUGGAAACAGUGUGAGGGGGGAAGGUGUCAGCUGAGUAACUGAAGAAGCAGUCUUGUUUGUUGGAUUUACAAAUACACAAAAUACUUAACAAUACUGUAAAAGCUAACUUACUGUAGUUUCUAUUAAGCCAUUUUUUAAGUUCACAUGCAUGAAAAAAUUGAUUUGUUGCACUAGUCAGACUGAAACUGGACUUUUGAAGUGCAUGUUAACGUAUUAGUUUAGUUAGACUUAGUUAAACAAUCUCCAAUCGCAUUAUCCGGAUAUCUUUACCCUAUUAAAAUAAUGGUCUAAGUCAUUUUUUGACAAAAAUGAGUUUUUGGCCUAAAUCAUCUCUAAAUCAUCUCAAGAGAUCAUUUAGGUCAAAAACUCAUUUUCGUCAAAAAAUGACUUAGACCAUUAUUUUAAUAGGGUAAAGAUAUCCGGAUAAUGCGAUUGGAGAUUGUUUUUCAAUUGUGUAAAGCUCAGUGGGACUGAAACUGACCUAAGCGUUUUGUGGGUACCCCGUUGUUCGCACACCAGGCUCUGAGUUGGUGGUUAAUUAGCAUGGAUGUGUUGUAAUAGGUUCAUAAAUAGGUUGAUAUUUUUUAGAACUUAUCCGUGUAUGGCCAUUUAGGGCAACACUAGAUAAUUAGUGAAUUUUUAUGAAUGCAGUUUUUCAAGAAAAUGACUAAUGUACUGUUUGAAAUAUGUUUUGUUAUAGUUUUAUCAGUUUAUUUAGACUUAAACUCUAGUUAAAGCUCCAGUGAGGAACUUAAAUGUUAAUUCUAUUCUUUACUUGUUUUGUCCACAACAUGCUUAAACAAUGUCUUCUGAUGAAAAAAUAAACUCAUCUUGUUGAGUUUUGACAGUCAAAUGUCAACUUUAUCUUGAAUAUUUGAUGCAAAAAUGUACAGUAAAAUGAUGUAAAAAACAGGGCAGUUUCUUCAGCUGCUUGGCUGUCUACCCCAUCACAACGAUUGACAACUUUAAAUUUUCAGUAGAACAGCUGCCAGUCUUGUCACUUAUGGUCUUUUUUGCUUUUCUAUAGUGUAAAAUAGUCUUGUAUAAACAUCAAAAAACUCCUCACAGGAGCUUUAAACUAGCAAUUAAGGAAUCAGAUGAGGAGAAGAGGAUAGGCUGUACAGCAAGGUCCCUCACAGCAAAUAAAAAGUAUUUCUUAUGAUUUAUGAAUUAAAAUGUGUAGUUUUCUUUUGCUAGUAAGAGACCAACCAUGUGCAUUUAAAUCUGUUAAAAGCCUAGAAAGUGUUAGUGGUCUGUCCUUACUCUCAUAGGUACCCAAAAUAAAUACAGCCCCUUUAAUCAAAGGAAAGUUCGAGUCAUAGUGCUAAAAUCCGAGGUCAAGAUUGAUGACAGCUGCUGUGAUUUCUCAGCGGUAGCAGCAUGUUAGCAUCCAGUCAUAUGUGCUGGAGUCUGUCAGCCUUAUGGCAGCCCAGGAGUGACGCGGUACCUGACAGGUAAUCCCUGCUGUGACGAAUCUCUGGCCUACAACCAGAGUUUAGUCAACAGAUGGAGGCAGGUGGAUUAGCCUUAUAAAAGGAGAAGGAGACCUGGCAGUAGCACACAAACAGGAGAGGAAGACGGAGACAGAGACGGCAAUACAGAAAACGGAAUAGCUGCUUGGAUAUCUGGUGUUUUCAAGGACUAAAAAUGACUAUUAUCAAGACUGGCAGACCGUAAGUACACUCUGUGGCUGAACAGUGACAGUGGCUGUAAGGUUUUUGCAUGUGUUUCACCUGUUUACCUGAAGAGAAGCGUUUUAUAUUUAUCAAAAUAAGAGCGUGUGUUUUUCGGUUAUUUCAGAAAUGUUCAUCUACUCAAACUCAAAGACUUCCUCUUUCUGAAUCAACAAAUGAAAGAAAACAGAAUGUUUUCAUUUCAAUAAAUUUGCUUCAACUAAUUUGUCUUCUUCACUGUUUCACGGUCCAGUCUUUUUUUCUUGAGCCAAAGCAAUUCAGCCAAAAUUUGCCAACUGUUUUUACUGUUUUUUUCAGAAGUUUACUUCAAAGCAGUGACAGAAAUUAAUCCGCGCCAGGUGUCUUGUGCCACCACCAGCAUCUUGAGCUUAAGCCUCACAGCCAGACGGCUUACCUGACAAUUAUAGGACAGUAUGUCAACUCGUGAUGAGCGGCAUCUGUUUGUUUCCUAACAUGACGAUGCAAAAGCUCCUUAACCUGGUGACAUUUAGAAAAAGCAGGUGCUGGCAUAUGCCACGGCUAGCUGCGUAUGUAAUUACAUACAGAAUCUAGACUAAGGUGACCAGGACAGGUUUAAAUAGUGUGUCAGCGAUCUGAUGGUAAAUGUUGGGUUUGUUUUCUUGUGUUGCAGAGUGCCAACAGUUCCAGUGAAGAACCUGAAUGGAUCCAGCCCUGUGCACCCUGCACUGGCAGGUGAUUAUGUUUUUAAAUUGGAUCAAAAUCUCAAAAAUCUGAGGUAUCCUUUGAUAAAUGUUACUUCAGGGUUUUUUUUAACAUCAAAGAAGCACCUCACAUGUAACUGUUUAUACUAGAUAUUCACCCUGCACAGAUAUGUAAAUUCAGCACAAUAUUAUACUGAUAUGAAGAACAGACCAGCCUUUAGGAGUUUGGCUUAGAGAUCCGUGUCUGAUUAAAGAGCUGGCCAUCCCAUGUCUCGUGUCUAACAUGCUCCCUCUGCUGAUGGCAUCCAGGCAUCACAGGUAUCCUCAUGAGCGCAGCAGGACUUCCUGUCUGUCUGACCCGCCCCCCCAAGCUGGUGCUUCAUCCUCCACCUGUCAGCAAGAGCGACAUCAAACCCGUUCCCGGUCUGGGUCACUGCUGUCGCAAGACCACCAAGAAACAGGCUCGUAAAGGUGAAUUUCACAAAGUUUUCUUCUACUUUUUCAACAGAUAUAUAUGAAUAUUUUUCAAACUUAUCAUGUGUCAUUUUAUGUGGUGUUAUUGCAGGAAAGACACCUGAAGAGGUUGUGAAGAGGUACCUGCAGAAAGUUCGUAAUCCCCCAGAGGAGGUGAGUCUUACUUUAAUAUCUUUAAAUAAAACAAAAUAAAAAGAGGAUGGAAAAACUGAGCUCUUAUAGAUAAACUUGUAAAAAAAUAGUCUUAAAUAUAUUCUCACGAAUCACAAAUUUAUAACAAUAUAGUUUUGAUUUUAUGAGAAAGGGAUGUAGGCUAUGGUUAAUCAACAUUUAAAGUAACAGAGAGAGUUUUCGAGGCGCAGCCAGCCACCUACUCAACAACUUAAAAUGAGCAGUGGCCUCAGAGGGAGAAAACUAGCCUAGCCUUUUUUUCAGAGCAGACUGUUUUUUAAGGUCCUCAUCUGCUAAAAGAUUGAGUAUUCAGUUGAUGUAUAUGCUCCACUUUCCUCUUUGAAGUGUAGGCAGCUGGCUACUCCUCUGAUACACCCUCCUUGACCAUUUGCUGCAUGUCAUCCUCCACUGUCUCUACUAGCCUUGUUUUCACCUGUCGUAAUUAUAUUCAAGGCUAAAAUGCCCCAAAAGUGAAAAUAAUGAUAAUUAUGAAACAAUAUUGUAGACAAUAAAUUUUAAAUUUGUUCAAACACUUGAGGAAACAACAUUUUGUGCUAAAAAAUAAAAAUGUUAAGCUCAUACAGUGAUAUGCUAAAAAUCAGUCUCGUUUUUUAUGUGGCCUGGGUUUUGGAGGCAGUGGGCAGAUGUUCAGUAAUAAUGCUAAUAACAAAUCACUAUAUCUAUUUAGGUUCAGGGGAUUUUGAUUCAUUUGUGAUUUGCUGAAAUAAUCAUUUAAAAACUAUUAAAAAUUUAUGUUUAAGUUUACAACUCUUUUAUGUUUCCCAUCAGGACUGCACCAUCUGCAUGGAGGCCCUGUCCGGACCUUCAGGCUACAAAGGCCCUGGCGUGGGUGGCAUCUCACGGGCUGAGUCUGUAGGCCGCCUGGCUCAGUGUGGUCACCAGUACCACCUCCAAUGUCUCGUCGCCAUGUACAACAAUGGCAACAAGGACGGCAGCCUACAGUGCCCCACCUGCAAGACUAUCUACGGGGUCAAGACUGGCAACCAGCCCCCUGGCAAGAUGGAGUACCAUGUCAUCCCCCACUCACUGCCUGGCCACCCAGACUGCAAAACCAUCCGUAUUAUUUAUAACAUCCCUCCUGGCAUCCAGGUAAAGUCUGGACACUGAAUUUUUUACGAUCAUAGGAAGUGUUUGUGUCUUUUUAUUGUGAAUUUAACAAGUUUUUGUUUCUGUUUAGGGUCCAGAGCACCCAAAUCCAGGCAAACCUUUCACUGCCCGUGGGUUCCCCAGACACUGCUACCUUCCUGACAGUGAAAAGGGACGCAAGGUAAAUCAGAACUCUCUUCUUUUAUCUAAUUGAUUUUAUAUUUUAUAUUUUUUGUUAAUAUAAAGUGUAAUAUUUUCUUCCUUAAUCUUUUCCCAAAGGUUUUGAGGCUUUUGCUGGUUGCGUGGGACCGCCGCCUCAUUUUCUCUGUUGGCACGUCCAGCACCACUGGUGAGUCCGACACAGUCAUCUGGAACGAGGUGCACCACAAGACGGAAUUUGGUUCCAACCUGACGGGCCAUGGCUACCCGGACCCAGGCCACUUGGACAACGUGCUGGAGGAGCUUAAAGCUCAGGGUAUCACUGAGGAGGAGUGUCUACCCAGAGACUGAACAGAGAGACUAAAACAUGCAACAGAAGCUGGGCAGAUGAAUUAUUUUUAACAACAACUAAGAGUUCUUUUACCACCUGAGAAGUAAAAAACCCUUCAAAGCGAGAAAAAACUCUACACUGGAAUGAUGCAGAAAUUGUUUCAGCAGAAUUUGCUGAGAAAAAAAAUCUUUUAUGACUGCAUGAGCCAGUUGUGAUACAUGAGAAAUCUGUUUUUCUCAUGAUGCAGUUACAGUAUCGAGAUUACAGGUGUUAUUCAGUGAGACAUUUCAGACCACUGUGCACAUACGAAUCAGUGUUAGAUCGGAAAAAAAAAACAUUUAUACUGUGAGACUCCAUAUCAAGAAUGUAACUAAGUGGAUUUUGCUGAAUUGAUGAGGUGUUUACCACUACUACUGCUGCUAAGUGGAAUUAAAAGGAGCUUAAGAAGUCUGUAAGUUCAAUGUAUUAGUCCACAAGCAGAAGAAACUACACUGCAGAUGACUACUUCAAGUGUACAACUGGAUAUCAGAGCAUGAAUAUUUGCUGACCUCUAGUGGUAUUUUCCCGAACUACAUUCCUUUCUAGGUUUGAUUUUUAUUCAAGUGUAUUGAUGUAUAUUAUGAAAACUUGAUAUAUCAUAUAUUGUUUCCAUUCUAUCAUGUUUUUAUACUUUAAUUUCACAUUUUGUUUUAUAUAUGGUGUGUUUCUUUGCAUUGAUUUUUGUGUGUGCAGUUUGACAGACUCUUAUGGGGUGAAGUGAAGAUAAGCUACAGGUGUGCCAGAGUUUGCCUGAUACUUUAUAUGCCAUUUACCAGCCCUUUCUUUACAAAAACAUACUAUUCAGUAUUUUGUAUUUGAUAGUUUUUACAAAUGACAUUCCUUAACUAUCCAGCCCACAGAGCACUGGGAAAAGCUUUCUAUGUAUUCUUGUUUCAGCUCAAUGUUAAGGAUUGAUAAAGAAAAAGCUACUAUGGCUUACUCCCCCCAAAAAAGCUAGGAUUGGACCUCCUGCCUGAGCUCAGAUUUGCACAGAGCUUUCUACUUAGUAUCAAAAUAACCCCGGACAGCUUGUAUCUACUGUUCUUUUAUGUAGGACACACACACCAGCCUCAAACGCUCUAAUCAUUCUACAAAAUGUGGUCAUCUGUUAGUUUCUGACAUUUUUAAGUUUUCACCAUGAGCAGGUGCAAAAGACUAUCUCUUCUUGUGGAUCUAGCUUUGGCCUAAGUGGUCCAGUCGGUUUGCAUUCGGUCCUUUGUGGACCGGUUUAAUAUGAGGUACACUAGAUGAGUUGUUGACAUACUAAUGUAGGCCAACAUUAAAAGCAUUUAUGCUUUAUGAUACUUUAUGUAUGCACUGUACUGUAUGUAUGUGUUUUAUGUGCACAAAUUUGCAUUAAACGUUUUUCUAAGGUUCAAGAGAUAACAGAAA